GAUAUCUCAAGAGCUGUAAAACAUUCGAAUAAGAAAUUCAUUAAAAUUGACAAGCCCCCUGUGUGCCAAAAAUUACUUCAGAAAGGAAAGAAGUAUAGGUUAGUUUGUGAGCCAGAAGCUGAAAUAACUCCAGAGGAAAUUGAAUUUGUUGACGGAUCGCUCUUGAAACUAAAAAGUUACAUUGAAGUCUAUUUGGAGAAACCCGACGACUUCACCUUGUCUUUGGUUGAGCUGGAAUCUGACGCAACCGUUUGGAAAGCAAAGCUAAGAGAGAGUGACUGGAUACAUUACGAUCAGAACAAAAACGAGCAGAAGAGAAGCGCCGUCGGGGUCAAAAAACGGAAACCAGCCCUCAGCAUUUUGGAAGACGAUGGGCUCUGCAACAAAAAGCAGAAGACCAGCAAUACUACAGAUGGAAUUGAAACGAAGAACUUAACUGAUCAACAGCUGAUGGUGAUCGCAAAGUUGUUCGGUAGGCAGUGGAGAGAAAUUGCCAUUGAGUGUCUUCAGAUGGAAAUGAAGGACAUCGAGCAGAUUCAGGCAGUGGAGGAAGAAGUUAAUAUGCAAAAAUUUCUGUUGUUAAGCAAGUGGCGAGACAGAGAGCAAAGCAAUGGGACUGCAGAAGCCCUGUACAGCAGUCUCCACGAAAAAGCGUCCUAUGAGAUACUGCAAGCCCUGCAAGGUUUUUCGUCUCGGUGCUGA